GUUGUUGUUGGAUUCUACUAUGCACCAAGUAACUGGGAUUAUUAUUAAGGUCAUAUAAGUACUAACCAAAGAUUGAACUACUUAUCUCUCUUGCCUUUCUCCCUCUUCAUUAUUAAAACAAGAUACAUUGCUCCUUCCCCAACACCAAUUUCGACCUUCCCUUUUCGAGUGGCGGAUCCGCCAAGACAUUACCCAACUGGCCACCAACUGUUGUCACGUGCGCGUGUCGCUAGAUGCCUUGUUUUCCGUCCUGAGAAAAUUGGCAAUCCGUCCUUCCGAACUGAGCAAACAACCAUCCAUCGCCCAGUGCCACCCGACGCGCAUUGAGCUCGACAAUCAAGCUAAUAUCAACUCCCUUUUCCUCCCAUCUUCUCACCCGCUGCACUUAAACUCUCUUCAUUUUUACCACCGUCUACCUAUCUUCUAUUCUCCGCCUCGUUUUCCGAACGCCACCAGGGCCAACCCCCUUCGCAAUUGACGGCGGGGUUGUAGCUACGCUAUGGGUGACGGCUCUGAUUAUCCUAGUCCACGAAGUGAAGGUCCCGGUGGACCUACCUCUGUUCUCGUCACUGUCCAAGACUCGCUUUCUCCAGCUCCCAAGAUGAACGACCAGCUGUCUCCGAACUUCAUGGAAGGGACGCGCCCGCGACUGUCGGUGAGAAGAGCGCGGGAUCCGCCCAAGAACACUGCCGGUCAAAUCUACUGCGACCAUCCCGAGUGCCAGCACUCGCCUCCAACAUUUCGCCGUCCGUGCGAAUGGAACAAACACAUGGACAAACACGACCGCCCGUACAAGUGCAUGGAACCCGGCUGCGACAAGAUUCAAGGUUUUACAUACUCUGGCGGUCUGCUGAGGCAUCAGCGCGAGGUGCAUAAGAAGAACAUCAAUGCCAAGAAACCCUUGAUGUGUCCGUACGCCGACUGCAAUCGCAGCACAGGGAACGGAUUUACGCGUCAAGAAAACUUGAAGGAGCACCUUCGCCGCCGCCACAUGCACACUGAGAAUGGACAUGCGUCCGAGCUGCCCAUCGCCCCGUCGCCCGAUCUGGAUGGCACCACGUCUCUUGCGACAGCAUCCGCAGCCUUGAAGAGGAAACGCGAAUCUCUCGGAGAUGAUCCGGCCACCCUCGAGCUUCCCGAGGAGGAAGAGAACGGGGUGGAUCUUCGCAAUGAACUGAAGAGGCUGCGUCGUGAGGUCCAAGAGAAGGAUCGCCGACUGGAGGAGUUGGAACGCAUCGUGGCUGGACUACAGCAGGCUAUUCCUCAGACCGCGACGUCACAGGGCUAGCUGGAUGCGCUGGAUCAAGAUUUCAACGAGUGGUAUUGAUUUGAUCGCUCUUUCUCUUUCUUAUCAUUUGUUGCGUUUCCCUGUUUCGUGCUACUUGGGCUCUUUCCCUUUCGCUUUCCCUUCCUCCCCCCUUUCUACUUUUUGGUUCAGAGUCAUCUCACUUCAUUUUCAUGGUUUGUUGUAUGAAAUUUGCAUUCUAAG